UAGUUUGCGAAAUUAUCUUUACUGUUGUGGACGUGUGGUUAAAAAAAUAUUUAUUUAUUCUUUGACUUGCGAAAUUGUUUGUUUAUUUGAAAGUAUUCCAAUAUUUUAGGACCCCAUUUAUCAUAUUGUUGUUAUGGUAUGAAGUGUCGUGGAUUUCAAGUUACAAUCUACAUCAGAACAUAGUCCUUGAAAUUAUAAUCCGUAGGAGUAUUUUGCAUGUGUAAAAUCUAUGGCGUCAUUAUCGCUUCCACGAGUUCUCCAGCUAAAGAAGAAUAGCCUGGAUGCUGAGCGAGAACACUUCGAAAAGUUUCAGACACUAGCUAUACAGAAAGCUAUCAACGCUAUCGAGACCCCUGUGAAGGAGAAACAUGUUCGCAGCACAAUCAUCGGGACGUUCCAAGAGCAGAGCGCCGUCACGUAUUGGAUGGUGGCAAUCCGUCAGCCGCUACAAGACAACCGUAUCGUGGCAUGGAAGUUCUGCCACGUGACGCACAAGCUGCUGCGCGAGGGACACCCCGCCUGUCUUGAUGACUCGCAGCGGCACACCGGCAUGAUUGAGAACCUCGGCAAGCUAUGGGUUCACUUGCGCGAGGGCUAUGGCCGGCUGGUGCAUUUGUACUGCGCGCUGUUGGUCAGCAAGCUCAAGUUCCACCAGCGCAAUCCGCGGUUCCCCGGCAAUAUGCAGCUCACCGCAGACGAACUGGACGCUAUCGCGGAGAACGAUGUCAAUAACUAUUUUCAACUGUGUGUCGAGUUAUUUGAUUACAUGGAUGAUAUUUUAAACCUUCAAGCGGCAGUAUUCGAGAGUUUGGGCAACGCGCGUGCAAAUUCAAUGACGGCGAGUGGUCAGUGCCGUUUAGCAGCGCUGAUACCCUGCGCGCAGGACUCCUCGCACAUCUACGACUGCAACGUGCGCCUGCUGUUCCGUCUGCACGCCGCCUUGCCCGCUGACACGCUCGUAGGACACAGGGAGAGGUUCCGUCAGCAGUUCAAGAAGUUAAGCUCGUUCUACAAGCACGCGAGCAGCCUACAGUACUACAGGAAUCUUCUCACGCUGCCAGUCUUGCCUUCCAACCCACCCAAUUUCCUCUUACAGAGUGAUUUUGGAACUUACGUGGCUCCAGUAGUAUCGAUUCCUGAACCACCGCCUGAUGAAGUCGACUCUGUCGCCUCUCUGAUAGACACUUCUGAUACAGUCAGCCAGGUUUCGCAGGAGCACAUCGAGUCUUUUGAUACAAGAACCACGCCGUCGCCGCAGCCCGACCCUAUAGUAGAGCGAGACAGACUUAUAGACCAUCUGCAGAAUGAGCUUAAGCGAAUGAGGAGUGAAGUAUCGCAGUUGGUACAGGAGCGGAACACGAUGCUGGGCUCAAUGCGAGAACAUUGCACAAGGCUCGAGUCGCAGCUGCAAGCAACUAAGUCGGAAUUGGAAGAGGAGAAACAAAGAGCGGAAGUUUUGUCCGCGGAGACACCAGAAAUCAAACAGAAAUUAGUGCAAACUGAAGAUAAAGCUAAAGUGAUAGAUGAAAAAUUCCAAAAAUUAAAAGGCGCCUACACUCAACUACGAGAAGAGCAUAUUACAUUAAUCAGACAGAAAGCAGAAGUAGACAAGUUAUCGUCCAGCCUGCGCGCGGCCGCCGCGCAGCAAGAGAGCUCCAAGAUGAUGCUGCAGCAACAACUGAACGACAGAAUGAAAGAUGUGGAACUUCUUCAACAAAGCGCAUCGUCGAGUGAAGAAAUAGAAGCAUAUAAAAAUGAAAUAACUAAUCUUCGGUCUGAAUUAGAAAAUUCCAGACAAAAAGAAGUGGAAUUAGAAACUUUGAAGGCGUCAAUGGAAACAUUAGAGAUCGAACAUAAAACAGCCAUGACUGAACAAAAGGAGAAAGACAUAUUAGUUACGAAUGAAUUGAAGGAAGUUAGUGAACGUUUAGAAAGAGUACAGAAGGAGAUAGAAGAGAAAGAAGCAGAACUAACUAAAACAAAGGAAGAACUUAGUGUUGUGAAAGUGGAAAGUGGAGCAGAUGUUAAGCGAAUAUUAGAAGAAAAAGAAGCAGCUGUUCAAGAGGUCGUCGAGUUAAAACAAAAAUACCAACAGGAGAAAGAGAAUAUUAAUAAUGAAUGUGAAAAUAUUAAAAUGGAUUAUGAUGAAAGUUAUCGAAAACAAAGCGCAGAAAUCCUUCGUCUAGAGAAAGAAGUAGACGAACUAGUAGAAAGUAAGAAUUCCGCUGAAAUGUGCGCCGAUCUACUGGAGUCAGAGCUGAAGGACAUUACAGAAAUAAAAAUCAAAAUUGAAAAAGUUCUGGAAGAGAAAGAAAUAAACAUCUCAAGUCUCGAGAAUGAAAUAAAGGAAAUUGAAUAUGUAAAUAAAAUUGAGAUCGAAAAAUUAAAGAAAUUGCUCGAAGAAAAGAAUAAAUUCUGUCAAAUACAGACAGCUGAAAGUGAAAAACUAUCACACAAGGUAUCUGAAUUAGAAGCAAUGCUAUCUAGUAAAGAUGAAAAUAUUACAGAGUUAAUUAAAAAACUCAACAAAGAGUUAGGUGUAACAGAUGACGUAUUUAAUAAUUUUAAAGAAUUAUUAGCAAGCAAAGAUGAGCAAAUAUUGGCUCUUAAUACAGAAGUAACAAAAUUAUCAGAUCAACUGUCACGUCUUGAAGACGAAUUGAAAGAAACGAACGCAGAGUUAGAAAUAGGGAACAAUGAAUUAAUAAUUUUGAAGGAAGACUUCGAAAACAUGAAAGUUCAACAUGAAUUUGAAUUAUCUACUAAAAAUAACGAAUUGCAAAGACUUGAAAAAGAAAUUUCUAAACUAUCUACGGAUAAAGGAGAUAUCGAAAUAGAAAAGAACAAAAUUAUUAAUGAACUGUAUGUUGAAAAGGAGGUUUUAGAAAACAAUAGGAGGGAAAUUAAAGAAACAAUAAAUAAAUUAAACAGUAGUAUUAAUAUCAUAAGAAGCGAAAAAGCUGAAAUGGAGAAUAACUUGAAUGGUAAAAUAGACGAAUUGAAUUCUAUAAUAGAUGAUAAAACUACGAAACUAGAAGAAUUAACAGAAAAAGUGAAUUAUCAAUUUAAAAUAUUAUGCAACAAAGAAAUCACUUUAGAUCUAGUGAUGAAGGAAAGAGAUGAUUUUCGAGAAAAAUUAGAUGAAAUAAAACAAUUAAAAAUUAAGGAAAAAGAUGAAAUGGAAUCCGUUUUGUCUGAUAAAUUAAAAGAUAAUCAGAUGAUAUGUGCCCGGUUAGAGCACACGGAGACUGAGAGACUGAAUGCGGAGUGUGAAUUGCAGGACUUGUUGCAACACAAUACUGUCUUAGAAGCGGAUGUCGCUUCAUUGAAAGCACAACUCGAGGAGGCGCAGUCGGAAAUUAAACGACAGAGGUCGCGAGUGUUGUGUUGCGCGGGCGAGGCGGCGCUGGCGGUGGCUAGCGGCGCACUGGACGCGCACGAGCACGGCAGCGCGCGCGACACAUACCGCCUCGCAGCGGAACUCGCAGUUAACGCACUUAACGAACUUGCCACACAGAAAGAAGUUAGCGGGAAUGAAGAAACAUUGGCAAAGUCGGCUAUACACGCGGCGCACAACACGGCGCAGCUAUCCGCGUACAUCAUGGAAGUGUGCAACGUAUCCACAGACAUGGAAUUAUCCGACAAGUUGAGUGGCGAGUGUCGGUCGAUGUUGUUGGCGACGAAGACGUGCUUGGAGUCAGUGUGCGAGGGCCGUGUGGAGGCGGGGCGGUGCGCGGCGGCGCUGGGCGGCGUGCGGCGCGCGGCGGACAGCGCGGCGCACGCGGACUCCGCGCCCGCGCCCGCCAACGUCGACGACGAACUCGCCACCAUGGACACCGCUAUCGAACAUGCCGCUAAACAAAUUGAGGAGAUGCUGGCGGCGAGCCGCGCGGGCGACUCCGGCGUGAAGCUGGAGGUGAACGAGAAAAUCCUGGACGCGUGCACGACGCUGAUGGGCGCGGUGAAGGCGCUGGUGCAGGACGCGCGCCGCCUGCAGCGCGAGCUGGGCGACACCAGCGCGCGACAGAACAUGUACCGCCGCAACCCGCAGUGGUCCGAGGGACUCAUCUCCGCCGCCAAGGCCGUCGUCUUCGCCGCUAAACUGCUCGUGUCGUCAGCGGACGAGACAGUGAACGGCAAAGGUCGCGUGGAGGGCGUGUCGGCUGCCGCGCACUCAGUGGCGGGCAGCACGGCGCAGCUGGUGGCGGCGUCCCGCGCGCGCGCCCCGCCCGCCGCGCCCGCGCUCGCCCGCCUCACCGCCGCCUCGCGACACGUCGCCGCCGCCGCCGGCGCGGUGCUCGCCGCCGCACGACACGCCGCGGACCUCGCCCGGGACACAGAGGCACUUGAUACGUCAGCAUUGACGCUGACGGCGACACGAAUUUUAGAAAUGGAGAGCAAAGUACGUGCUUUGGAACUAGAGACAGCGCUGGACAAGGAGCGCGCGCGUCUCGCUGAACUCAGGAAACGACACUACCAUUUAGCACAACUUGAAGAGAACGGCAACAUGACAAAUGGUAAAGAAUAAUUAUUUUAUAUGAGUCAAAAUUGACGUGUAAAAAAGGCAAAUAAAAGAAGAUAAAAAUGCUCUACGUCCACUAAACUGUACUUUCAUGAUUCCAUUUUUCUGCAUUUAUUUUUAUGCAAUGUAAUACAACGAAUUGAUAUUGUAGAAAAUAGUUUAAAAACUGAAAAAACCACGUUCUAGGACACUGCCGUCGAAAAUUGCAUUUUUGUAACAAUUUAUGACGAAGUAAAACUAUUUUGGGGUAUUAAACAUUUUUGUUACAUCAUUUA